AUGCCACGAGUACUUGGGCCGUUGCAGAAACAGGACUUCAUCGACGCAGAAAAUCACCUGUACCGCUGUGCACAGUUAACUGCCUUCGCAGAGGAAACCGCCAUCCUCGCAAAGAAUCGUUCGUUGUCGAAUACAGUGAAAACGAUUCCUAGAUCUAGUUUACUCUAUCAGUGGUGUGCAUUCCUAGAUGAAAAUGGUGUACUACGUGUCAAAGGUCGCACGAAAGCAUGCGCAUUCAUCGCUAGAGAUGCAGCUGAACCAGUGAUUCUUCCGCGGGAUCAUCAUGUUACCCGCCUCAUCAUCUCAUCAGUUCAUGAAAGGUUCAACCACCAGAACCACGAAACAGUGAUCAACGAAAUACUCCAACGCUACCGCAUUCCUCGCCUGAAAGCAGCGUAUCGCCAGAUCCGGAAAGACUGUCAGAUGUGCAAAAUCCUUCUCGUUAAGCGACACCCUCCAGCAAUGGGAGACCUUCCUCCAGCUCGGCUGGCCGCAUUCAGUCGACCCUUCACGCACAUGGGAAUCGAUUACUUCGGUCCGAUAUCGGUGUCAAGUGGAACACAUAUAGAGAAACGGUGGGAAGUUAUCGCCACCUGCUUAACCACUCGUGCCAUUCACCUGCAGAUCGCUUACACACUGACAACUGAAUCCUGCGUUAUGGCUAUCCGAAAUAUCAUGGUUAGGAGGGGAAUUCCUGCGAUGAUCUACAGUGAUCGAGGAACUAACUUCCGAGCUGCUAGCAAGGAGUUGCAGAGCGCAACAGCGAAAACCGACCACGACGCCCUGAAGAGCGAGUUCUGUAAAGCAGAACCUCGAAGCCGUGCAGACGAGCAGACAUCCAACACACGAAGUCUUGAAAACACUUUAAUAGAGAUCGAGAACAUCGUAAACUCUCGCCCACUGACCAACAUUCCUGUGGAUGGAGGCGAUCAUGGGGUAUUGACGCCCAACCACUUGCUGUUAGGGUCAGCUAAUGGUUUGAAAUCCUGGGUCACUCUGGACGAUAGCCCUGUCCCACUCAGGAACAGCUGGAGACAUUCGCAGGUGUUAGCAGACACCUUCUGCAAGCAGUGGGUUCGAGACUAUCUGCCUACGAUUACUCGUAGGACCAAGUGGUUCACUCCGGUGAAUCCGAUUAUGAUCGGAGAUUUGGUGAUCACUGUUGAUUCGAAGCUUCCUCGAAAUUGUUGGCUGAAAGGUCGUGUCAUCGCUACGUGUCUGGCUCCAGACAGCCAGGUGAGAAAGGCGACAGUGCAAACCGCAUCCGGCGGCAUCUACGAGCGACCAGCGGUGUCUCUGGCGGUCCUCGACGUAGGCGUAGGAAGGAAUACACUUCAUCAGGAGCCUUCGCGCAUUCCGGGGGGGGGAGUGUUGAUUACGCCCCGUCGAAAUGCACAUCUAGCACCACUGACAACCUACACCACUGAUCGUCAGGCUACACCCAUUGUCAUUUGA